AUGUCGCAGAAAAUACGUUCGGCUGAGGGAAUAUUACGCACUGCCCCAUCCCCUGGCGAACAGGGCAUUCUUCCUAAAGACGGACAACACAAUGUUUUGGUCACCUCUGCCCUUCCUUACUGCAACAAUGUCCCUCAUCUUGGCAAUAUUAUCGGAAGCACACUGAGUGCAGACGUUUUCAGUCGGUAUAGCCGGACCCGAAACCGGACUACGUUAUAUAUGUGUGGGACAGACGAAUACGGGACGGCAACCGAGACACAGGCUUUGAAAGAGGGAAUCACACCGCGCGAGCUCUGCGACAAGUACCAUCUUGUCCACAAAGCAACCUACGAUUGGUUCGACAUCGGCUUUGACCUGUUUGGUCGAACAUCUUCGCAGCUUCACACAGAGAUUUCCCAGGAGAUCUAUAGCAAUCUCGGCAAGAACGGUCUCCUCGAAAGGCAGGAGAAGCUUCAAACUUACUGUGAAGGCUGUCCCAAGUUUCUGGCUGACCGAUUCGUUGAAGGCACUUGUCGCUAUUGUGGCUAUGAGGAUGCUCGAGGUGACCAAUGCGACAACUGCACACAAACAUUCGACGCCAUUGAGUUGCUCAAGCCACGAUGCCUUGUCGACAAGACUCACAAUGUCACCACCCGGAACUCGGCCCACAUGUACUAUAAGAUGAACGAUAUCCAAGAACGGACAGUAGAGUGGAUAAAACGAUCCGCCAAAAGCGGCAAAUGGUCCAACUCCGUCAUCAACGAGGACGGGAAGAUCGUCGAUGCGCGCCUUGUUACCGGGCUCAUACCAACUCCUCUCACCCGCGACCUAAAGUGGGGCAUCCCGGUGCCAAUAGAGGGCAAUGAUGAACUGGGAAUGUCGGGCAAGGUACUAUAUGUCUGGUUCGAUGCGCCAAUAGGCUAUCCUAGCAUUACUGCCAACUACACUCCUGAGUGGAAACAGUGGUGGUUCAACCCGGAACAGGUCAAAUUGUACCAGUUUAUGGGCAAGGACAAUGUCUAUUUCCAUUCAGUGCUCUGGCCCUCUGUGCAAAUCGGCGACGGGCGAAAUUGGACAAUGCUUCAUCAUCUAUCAUCUACUGAGUACCUUAACUAUGAAGGGGGCAAAUUCUCUAAAAGUCGGGGUCGCGGAGUGUUCGGACCUGCCGCAAAGGAGACUGGAAUUCCUUCUUCAGUUUGGCGCUACUAUCUUCUCGCCUCUCGACCCGAGAGUGCCGAUUCUACCUUCUCAUGGGCUGAAUGCAUCGCCGCAAACAACAAUGUCUUGUUAAACAACUUUGGUAAUUUUGUCAACCGCGCGUUGAAGUUUGUGUCAUCACAAUAUGGUGGCGUUUUGCCAGACGGCGGUGAUACGCCUGGGCCACUACCCACAGACGAUGUUGACGCCAAAUUCGUGGCUGAGAUUAACGAUUUGCUCAAAACCUACACUGACGCGAUGGACGCUGUCAAGAUUCGUCUUGGUCUCCAGACGGUGAUGGCCAUUUCCGGUGCAGGAAACACGUAUCUCCAGUCAUCAGGCCUGAACAAGGCCCUCAUGGCCGAAAACCCGACGCGCUGCGCUCAAGUACUUUCCCGCGCCAUCAACCUGAUAUAUGUGUUGUCUGUCGUCAUAUAUCCUUUCAUGCCCGCAACUUCACAGGCCAUUCUCGAGCAGCUUAACGCUCCCCCACGGGCUGUGCCGGAUGCCCUCGCGACUGAUAUUCUGGCCGGCCACACGCUUGGUCAGCCUGCUCAUCUGUUCAAGAAGAUCGAGGAGAGCCAGGCAGAAGUUUUCCGGCUCAAAUUUGGCGGUGCAGACGCGAAAGAGGAAGCUGCUGCCCCCGCCGCUGCUCCAGCAUCCAAGAGGGCAGCAAAGAAGGCCGUCGCUGCUAAUGUCGACAACGGACCCAAAUCACCUGAAUAUCUGGCAUUGGAGGCCAAGAUCAAGGAGCAGGGCGAUCAGGUCCGUUCACUCAAGGGACAGACACCAAAAACGAACGAGCUGGAGGCACAAAUCCUAGCAGCUGUCGAUGUGCUGAAGGCGAUGAAACUGGAGCUCAGUAAUCUACCGCGAUUGUAA